AAGAAAGCCCACCCACGGGCCCAAAUGAGACCAUAUAGCCCAAACCCUAAUUCAUAUACCCACCCUCUCUAAUAACCCAUUCACCCGCACGCCGCUUCCAUUUUCAUUUCAAGGGUUUUGAGUUUUUGAAGAUGGUGAGAGUAAGUGUUCUUAAUGAUGCUCUUAAGAGCAUGUACAAUGCUGAGAAAAGAGGGAAAAGACAGGUCAUGAUUAGACCUUCUUCAAAAGUUAUCAUCAAGUUUCUUAUGGUUAUGCAGAAACAUGGUUACAUUGGUGAGUUUGAGUAUGUUGAUGAUCACAGGUCUGGUAAGAUUGUGGUGGAGUUGAAUGGAAGAUUGAACAAAUGUGGGGUUAUUAGUCCAAGGUUUGAUGUUGGUGUCAAGGAAAUUGAACCAUGGACCGCUAGACUCUUGCCUUCUAGACAAUUUGGCUACAUUGUGUUGACUACAUCAGCCGGAAUCAUGGAUCAUGAAGAAGCUAGGAGAAAGAAUGUUGGUGGUAAAGUUCUUGGUUUCUUUUACUAAAAACAUGGUAAUUCAAUCACUGUUUUAGGCGUACGCCUUUUAGGAUAAGAUCAAAGGAGGCGAGUUUGGAUUUUUGGUGUUUUGAAAUCGAAUUUUGUCAAGGAAACUUGUCGUUUUGUAUGCAUUGUAUGACUUAUUAUUUCACAGUUUGUUUCUUUAUGCUAUAUCAUACAUUCUGGUUUGGGAGUUU